AUGAAAAAAGCAGGUAUCUGUCACAACAAAAUACAUAUGAUUUUGAUUUUAAGUUUGUUAUCUUAAGAGUUUCUCGUUAUAAUCAAGGUAUUUUAAUAUGCAAAAGGAAAAGAAGUGGUUUAAGCCUCUCUUUGAUUUCAAUGAGAGCUCAUCUCCUAAAAAGAGUAAAAACAAUGAUAUGAGGAACAAAAAUCCAAUCUUUAAGAAACCUUCGAAAGCACCUAAUGAAAAUCCGAUAUGCAAUAUUAAUGAUAAAAACUGGAUGAAAAACUUUGAUCCUGUAAAUAUUGAGCAUGUGGCUGUUCAUAACAAAAAAGUUCAAGAAGUUGAAGAGUGGAUGAAAACAGCUUGUAUUAACAGUAACAAUGACAUGCUGUUGAUAUCAGGUCCAGUAGGUAGUGGAAAAACUGCAACCGUGCGGGCAUUAGCUUCUAAGUACAACAUAAAGAUCACAGAAUGGAUUACACCACUUGAUAUUGAAUAUCCUUCAGAGUUUGGUGAUUAUGAAAUUAAGGAAUCCCAGUCCAAAAAAUUUUUAGAAUUUAUAAUAAAUUCAGCAAAUUUUACAUCACUCUUAGACAAUAAUAGCUGUAAAUUGGUACUUGUAGAGGAUUUCCCUAAUACUUUUAUAAGAUCACCGACAGAGUUUACAGAUGUCUUGCAGCAAUAUAAACAUCGAGCUAAAUCUCCCAUAGUUUUUAUUUGUUCCGAGACUCACACAGACAACAAAAAUACAGCCUAUCAUUUGUUCACUGCAAGUUUAAAAGAGCAAUUUAACAUUCAUCACAUAAUGUUCAAUAGUGUAUCAGUAACAGGGUUAAAAGCAGCUCUUAAAAGAGCAGUAGAUAUAAUCAGUAAAAAGUAUACUUCCACAUACAACAUUCCAACAGCAGAUGUAAUUGAGUCAGUUGUUAAUUCAUCUGGUGGUGAUAUAAGAUCAGCUAUCUUAAAUCUUCAUUUUGCAUCUUUAAAAGGUUCCCAAUUUAGUUUAGAAACUAGUAUAAUUAAUGAAAAAGAAGUAAAACAAAAAACAAGUAAGAAAAAGAAGUUAGUUUCUAAUAAAUUCAUGUCCUUAGGAAAAGAUCAAACAGUCAGCAUUUUACAUGGUGUUGGAAGAGUAUUAAAUCCUAAGGAAAUAACAACACCUGAUGGUCAUAAAAUCUUAAGCCAUGCUCCGAAAGAUAUUAUAGAGCAGUUCCUAAGUCAUCCAUCUUCAUUUAUCAACUUUCUAGAAGAAAAUUAUUUGCCACAUUUUUCAUGUAUCAAUGAUGUUGAUAAAGCACUUACGGCUCUCAGUGAAGGAGACUGCUUGUUAGCAGAAUGGAGGGAAAAAAUAUGUCAAGAAUAUGGUUUAUACAUGGCUAUAGCAGGUUUAAUGACAGCAAAUAAAUCACCAGUAUCUGCAUGGAAUCCUGUAAGAGGACCAAAAUCUAUGAAAAUACAAUAUCCAUCACUCAAUGAACUACCUAUGUUGGAACCUAACUUUUUAUACAAGGGUAAAGUGUUGGUUACUGAUUAUUUAACAUACACUAAAAUAAUUAGAAGUUAAAAAAUCAAUAAUUAUAAUAUUUCUUAUUAA